CGAGUCAAUACUCAGGGUAACAGAGACCAUCGUACCCAGCAGCAACUCGCUGGACCGCGUUCCCUCCAGUACACUUAGCUCUAACACUGUUACAUAUUUUGUUUGGCAUUAACCAUGGACAAUGAAGACCGUGCAAUGAAAGAAUCCAGAAGACGGGAGCGUCAGUCAGGCUCAAGCAGGUAUGGUAUACGUGAUAUUGAAGCUUUGGAGAAUACAGACUCUGACAUCGGCUUGUGUGGCUGGAUGUUGGUCGCGUUGUCUGUCCUUCUCAUGCUGGUUACCCUCCCCAUCUCCAUAUGGAUGUGCAUUAAGAUUGUGAAGGAGUAUGAGCGAGCCAUUAUCUUUCGCCUGGGGCGAAUUUUGCGAGGAGGAGCCAAAGGACCAGGGUUGUUCUUCAUCUUGCCGUGCACCGACAGUUUUAUUAAUGUGGACAUGCGCACCAUCACCUUCGAUAUCCCACCGCAAGAGGUUUUGACCAAAGACUCUGUGACAGUGAGUGUGGAUGGUGUGGUCUACUACCGGGUCCAGAAUGCUACUCUGGCUGUGGCUAAUAUCACUAAUGCUGAUGCUGCUACACGGCUGUUGGCCCAGACCACCCUGAGGAACGUCCUGGGUACCAAGAACCUGGCUGAGAUCCUGUCUGACCGUGAGGAAAUCGCACACAGUAUGCAGUCAUCUCUGGACGAUGCAACAGAUGACUGGGGGAUCAAGGUGGAGCGGGUGGAGAUCAAAGAUGUCAAGCUGCCUCUCCAGCUCCAGAGAGCCAUGGCAGCUGAGGCUGAGGCCAGCCGUGAGGCCAGAGCCAAGGUGAUCGCAGCGGAGGGAGAGAUGAACGCAUCACGGGCACUGAAGGAGGCGUCCCUGGUGAUCGCUGAGUCUCCGUCAGCCCUGCAGCUGCGCUACCUGCAGACCCUCAACACAAUCGCUGCGGAAAAGAACUCCACCAUCAUCUUCCCGCUGCCGCUGGACAUGAUGCAAGCCUUCAUUAAACACUGAGUCUUCAUACAUGUUGUUCACAUGUACACACUCAUGCAACACAUAUCAUUUACACAUGCAUUUAUAGGCUCUAUGUCCAUUCAGCACGUUUCUUUGAAUCUACUACGCUAACACAACAGAAACAUCUUUGCGUUUGAACACACCACAGACUGUGGUCAACAGUAGAGCCCACAUGCAUGUAUGAUUUGCGCCUGUGUGAGGAGAAAUAACUCCAUACAAGGUGGUAGCAGCUGUCUGGACUAGUAAUGAAAAAGGAAAACUGAAACAUGGUCUUUUUUUAUUUCAUUCCAAAGUGCCAAAAUAUUCUUCUAGAUCAAUCAGAAAGCUAUAGCAGAUGAGCAGAAAUUAAAAAGGUUAUCCGGAGCCAAUGGUGCCAAACACACAGCUAAAUCUACACCAGCUAGACUGGUGUCUGCCAAGGACUGACCAAAGUAGGUGCUUUGCUGUAGAAUAUUCAUUCGAUUUGUUAUUGUGAAUUACACUGAUCUCCGUAGUGCAGCUUUAUGUUACACUACAAAUGUAGAUUUAAAGGUUCCCUGGCUGUCGGCAUAGAGGCAGGAGCGCAAACCUUCUAUCAUCCGUUUUACUAGAGCUUUAAAGGAAAGUGCCAGCUGGAUAUGCAGCCUUACACCUGCGCAUGCAUGCACACACACACACACACACACACACAGAUAUCCUUCUGUUACUACUAAUAUCUCCUGAUGAUGUGGCACUUGUGCAACCACUGCCAGUAUCGCCAUUGUCAUUUUAUACCCAAAAUUAUAUUCAUGAUAUCCAUAUAUUUGUGUGUGCAUGUUUUUUUUAGAUGUUUUAAUCGGGAGAGUGAAUGGAAAAAAAGCAAUGACAUACUGGUAUUAAGAUCCUUUAAGUGUUAAGUGUUUAUUAAAUGUUAAUGUUACAUUUUGAAAGCUAUGAGAUGAAUGCACGCAAAAGUUGUAAUGAUGUAAUGUUUAAGGUUUGUGUUUGGCAGAAUUUAUCACAUACUAACCAGCUCCAGAGGCAUCCAGAAGUCUUAAAAUAAUCCCUACAGCAAGUAGAGAUUAGCCAGUGACAUACAAAUAAUAGUGCAGGAACACACACACACACACACACACACAUAUAUUCCUCUCUGUUAAACACCUUCUCUCCCGUUGUCAUUACUACUGUCCCAGAUUACAAGCUAAAACUUGGCUGCGAGGUCACUAUUUUAUGUUUACAGUGUGCUUUCUAUUCAUACACAGUAUACUGUAUGUAAUUUGGAGGCUGGUGGACAAAAUAUUAUGAACACUUCAUAUUCUUAUAAGGUUGACUCAGCAUCCCUUUUACAUAAUCAAAAAGUGAACCUCAUCAGCCACACAGGUAGUAGUGUGUGUAUUGCAGGGCUGCAAGUGGUUCCUGUCAUUUUGUCCAUCCCCUGGUUUAUUAGUCUGCUCAGAAAGAGCAGGUACAGAAAUGUAUUGCAAAUCUUUCAGCCAAAUGCCUUAACUUACUGCCAUCAAUUAUUUUACAGUCUAAUAUGACAUUUCUAUGCACUUCAAAAUGGAAAUAAUAAUAAAUUAUGGAUUUUAUUUAUCAAUUUUUACUUAAAUUAGCAAUAUUGUAUCAUAUCACACAUGCUCUAUAUGUUCUCUCUGAGUAUAACAUAAACCAAAUAGUAAGUAGAUGAAGCAUCAGUAUCUAGUCUAUGUCUGACUUAACACUACUAUAUAUACAUAAUAGGGCUGCACAAUGUAUCAUUUCAGCAUUGUUAUUGUGAUGUGAGCAUGUGCAAUAGUCACAUCGCUGGAAGUUAAAUGCUCAAACUCAAACAUGUCAUGCUAUAAAUUAGAGAGUGAAGCGGGAGUGGAUUUUUAUUCUUGUUCCAUCCCACUCCCACAGAAAGACCCCUAUUCCUCCCAAUCCCAUUACAGAAUAAAAAAAAUCCCGUCCCGUCACAAUCCCGGAAGAAUGACUCCUGUCCUAUCCCGUCCCAUGAGAGGACUCUGACUCCAUUGAUGGCAAUGGCAUUUUUUACAGUCUCCCACAGGUUGAGCAAUUCCCUUGUGGUGGGUGGCAUGGCAUGUAACGGAUGUGCCUGCAGGGACUCAGUAGACUCAGCAGUUUAGAGGGGGAGACUGUAUCACCAGGUAGCUACAGUCUACAGAUGUCCCCUAAACGUCUCACAUGCAGACUAUCGGUAGAAGCUACAAUUUACCGAUGUUCCCUAAACGCAUUCGGCUGCAUACAGAGCAGCCUCUAGUCUCCACUCAGUUACUGCAGCACAGCAGCUCAGACAGGCGUCAAAACUGCUUCAAUUUGAUUGUUAUUACGAUUCCUGUCCAGUCCGCUCCCGUUGACUUUUUUUUCCCGGUUCUGUCCCAAUCACGUGAUCAAUAAUGAAAUUGAUUCUCAUGCUACAGGAAUCCUGUGACCCACAGGAUUGCCUAAAAAUUGUUAGCCUCUACUACAACUUUCUUGCAAUAUUGCAAUGUCAUAUUGUGUCACAUCGUGCAGCCCUAAUAUAUACUGUAUACAUAUGUAAUUGCAUUCUGUGAAUUAUCAGUUUUGCUGUGGGUAGUUGGAGGGUUCAAGUUUGUCACAAUUGGGCCCAGGUUUAAUCUGACAUUGUUAUAAAUAGGUAUUUUUCAUUUAUUUUUGUUCUAGAAUAUGACACCUGUUGCAUUAGUUUACUACUGUAGCUCCUGUAUAUUAGAUUUACUGUUACUUUGCUACAGCUACAAUAAGCCUUUCAUUGGGGGAACCAUUCAGACCUGCUCUGAGUUGAGUUUACUGUUUUAGAAAUAGGAGAGGUUGUUACAUUUACUUGCAGCACGACCACAGUGUUGCUGACCACUAUGCAGCUACUCUGCUUCUGCUCUCACUUCUCUAAUCGUUUGACUUUCACUGAAAAGAGAAAAACCCCAUCAUGAAAAUGAAGGCUUUGUUUUAGUAUCUGCCUUGUUUUUAAAAAAUGUUACACACAUGAAUAUUUUUUUAAAGCUUUAUUUAGGAUUUAUGGUAGAUUUGUUAGUUUUUGCAGCUAACUACUUUUUUUCUACACUUUGCUAAUGUUUGAUAUGGUUUUAUCUUGAUAUAAUACUUACAUAUAUAUAUAUAAACAUAUAUAAAGACUUGAAAUAAAGACCCUCUUAAAAUAUUUUUUUCUAUGGAUUUCAUUCUUUCAGAAGAGCGCUGCAAGUGUUUGUAAAAAGUAGAGAAAUGACACUUUAACAUGUUUAAUUAGGUUUUAUUGAAAUGAUAACAAGCCUUAGGGAAACCUCAAAGUGUCACAGAAGACCUAACUGGUUGGUAAAGCAGCAAAGCAUUGGUUUCCCACUGUAGCAUCACACAAGCUUCCUGGGCAUAAAUCUGGCAUUUAAAAAAAAUAAUAAAUAUAAGUGACAUCUAAACUGAAGGUACAAACAACUUGUCUAUAAAGGCAUUCUUAUACUAGAACAGUACCUUUUUAAAAAGGUUCAAAGUUGAACAGGUUAACUGUAAACUAGAGGAAAGAAUAUUAAGGCAUUGGUUGUAUUGCUUUUAAUAAGCAGUGUUUGCUUGGCAGUGACUUUUCCAAUGCUGACACCAAGGCUUUAAACUUGCUAUAUGUUUGCUGUUAUUACAUUUCACUAGUGAAAAGGCUUUAUUGUCAAAAUAUGAAAUAAAUGAGAAAGAUUGCCUUCAAUAACAGUCAUAGAACUAGACUAUUUAGUGCAAAACCCUACAGGAAGCCUGUGUAUCUGUUAAAGCUCUACUGUUAUUGGUUGGUUGAAUUAAAAUACUGCUUUAUAGACGUCUGUCCCUUUUAAAAGCACAACAAAAUGUAAAAAAAAAAAA